AUGUCAAGCCGCAAACACUCAGAGGAUAGACCUUCUCUACGAGGACCAGCAGGUUCUCAACGUGAUGAUAGGCAUAGGCCGGCUCAAAAUCAUGGUACCAGGGACAGGCAAGUUAAUGAAGAGGGACGUGAGAGUCGUAAAUUGGAUGAAGGUCGCGAGAACAAAGACAGUGGCACCAAGAGAAAUGGGGAGAAGGCGAAUCGAGGGAGUCGCUCUUCUGAGGAGACCAGCUCGAUAAAUACUCAACUUCCUAAGUCUGAUAAUUGCUCUCCAACAACGAGACCAACAACAGCAGCGACCGAUAUUGAAUUGGCAUCCAAAGGGAUCAGUCAUCGUGCAGAGGGAUAUCCGAAUUCCACUGUAAAUUCCAUGCCAUCAAGACUGAAUAAUAUCAUGGAAAAAUCUGUCAACCCUCUCACCAACGUUUCUAAACAAGUUCCUGUUACAGACUCAUCUCAGUCAGAAUCUCUUAUUGAUGCGUUGAUGCAAUUUGCCAACCAAGGAGCUUCUAGGAGUAUGCUAAAUCAAGUACGAAACUCGGCUGAAGAGUGUCUGAAACAGCAAGUUGAGGAAAUAGAGAAGAUGAGUCCUAUCAUGCAAAGCUUCCCUACGCACAUGGAUGUACAAAACAAACGCAGAGUUGAGGCAGAGGAUGUUCUUAUGAAAACCAAUGAAGAGCUAGAGAAGGCUAAGAGCUUGCAGAAAGAAGCAGCUAAAAUUAUUGCCUCUCUCCUAGUUAUCAAAGCCUCGCCUCCUAUCGCAGAUGACUCGAGGUACCUCCAGGAACGUUGUCGGAAGUUGGAAGAGAAAGUGAAUGACCUUGAAAAAACUAUGACUUCCAUGGACCAGAAAGAUAAAUUCUCCGAUAUCAACGAUCGCUUUCAAGAAAGCCAAGCCGAAAAUCGCAAGGUUGUUGCCGAGAUCAAAAGAAGUGAGGCACACUUUGCAGAAAUGAUUGAAACCAGCGAAGCCAAGACAAAACGCGAACACCAUAAUCUGGCCGACCAAUUUACAAAGCUUGAUCAGCGGCAUCAAGCUACUCGUAGCGAACUUGCUUCACUCGGUCCCCGCCUGGGGAGCCAUGAAAAUUCCUUGAAGAAGCAUGAUGCGUCGAUCAACGAAUCAGAGGGAAAGAUGACAACACUCCAGCAGGAGACCAGCAAACAAUCCACUAUCUUGAAAGCUAAAUGUGAUGAUAUUGACCUUCUUACAAAUAAAGUCACAUCCCUCGAAAAGUCGUCAGAAACUCACAAGGUUUCCUUAGAUGACUUUAAGUCGUCGAACCUGGAAAAAAUCAGUCAACUAAAGAACGACAUGACAAAGUUUGUUGAGCUCCAGACUGCUCAAAGGGACGUCGCUGUAAAACUUGGAACUCACGAACAAGAGCUAGACGCCAUGAAAGACGCUCAUAAGAUCAUCCUCAAAAGUCUUGGAACUACCGUAGAGGAAUUGAACUUCCUGAAGGAUAAGGUUGGUCGAUUGGAGCAGAUUUCUCAAGCUCCCUCCAUUGCUAUAUCCCAGACUCCCUCUAAAAUAGCAAGCGGAUCGAGCGCAACAAUGAUCGGGGUGAUGCAGACUAGAAUUCGUAAUGCUCUAGAAGAUAUUAGGGUUCUGGAGGAAAGAAUCGACAAGAUCGAAAGCUUUCUUGGAUCUCCUAGCCGCGCUAUGUCCCAGGAAGAUGCUAAAGUUAAUGAGCAAUUGAAAAGCACAAUGGAAAAUUAUGAAUCUAGGCUGAAUGAAUUGGAGGACUCUCUAAAAAAAAAGGAUUCUCUCAGCAUGAAUAAACCAAUCACGAAAGUAUCGCCGUUUUCCACAGCAGCGCAAGAUAUUACGGAUGUUAAGAAAGUUUUUGAGCUCUACAAAGAGCAGCGGGAACAAAUGGACCAAGUUUUGAUUAAACGCGUCGAGGAGCUCGAUAACCAAGCAAAAUCAAUUCAACGCAAUGAUAUCACUGUCAAUGAAAAGAUCACUAAUAUUCAGUUUCGUAUGGAUGUAUUUGUGCAAGACCUAAAUCGCAUUGCUCAUCGAAUCACCGAAACGAACAACGACCAAAACGCGAAUACUGUAGCAUUAAGGCACCUAAAUACUCGAUUCAACAAUAUAUCAACAGAAGAUCUAGCGAGGAACAUGUUACAGCAGCUGGAAGUAAAAUAUCCUGAUAUUGGAAAUGCCGAAAGAACCUUCUUAGAGUUGAGAAAGCAGCAUUCCAUCCAUACCACCCAGCUGGAAAAGUUGAGGAGUCAAGUAGUAGCCCUCCAAGGCCAAUCUAUUCGCAAGCAAAGCCCAACAAAUGCAGGCAAUGGAGCCACCGAGUCUUUACGACAAGAAUUAGACUCCUUGACUAAAGGUCAAAUUAAGCUCGGAUCAACUGCUAAGAAGCUUGAUGAAGCUACCACAAACACUCAAGCUGGGCUGGCUACACUCGAACAGUCUUACACAACCCUGGAUCUUAAGAUUCAAGAUCUCAACGGAAAGAUCGAAAUUCAGCAGAAGAGUUUAACUGAGAUGAGCGCGGAUCUUAUUGAGGCAGUUGGAGAUCUGCAAGCUGGCCUAGAAUACCUUCAAAAGAGUUCCAGCAAUGGUACCACAGAGCCUGCAGGUGAGACUCCUGCACCUGCUCAGUCUACUUUGCUCCGCGCUCAACAGUCUUCAGCCCAGGAAGCGGUGAUGAAUAGAAAGAAAAGGAAAGAUGCGACAGGUGCAGAACUCUCAAGACCCGAGAGUUUGACCAAUGGCCACACACGAAGCCCUUUGAGAAAGAAAGCUAAGAGAGCCGAGGAUGGUGAGGAUCUUGAGCAAUUAAACCAGAGAUCUCAUGCAAAAUGA